GUUGGACGAUACCUGGAACUACACGUGCUGUGCAAGAAACGUCGGUGACGAACGCAGAUGGAAUACCACCAUUCAAGUUAUGCAACGUCCACAAAUCUUACCUCGAGGUGAAGUGCUCUAUACGGAUGAGCGGAGCGGAUUACGGUUUGGCUGGCGGUUCAAUGCGACUAAUCUGACAUGUGCGUCUGUCGGAAUGCCUCAUCCAACGUGGACCUGGUACCGGAGAGGGGAACAAAUCUUGAACGGGGUGAAUGCCACGUUCCAAAUUAUCACCUGGGAUCACUGGAAUUGGAGUCAGACGUGGCUCCAGGUUACUCCGUGUCUUCACACCGAACAUUUUAUUUACGAUGAAUAUGUGUGCAAAGCAACAAAUCUACGGGGUACGAAUGAAAGCAAGGUCUUGUUCCAACGAGCCUCUGUUCCCGGACAGCCCGUGCUAGUGUCAUACUCCGUGACCCAAUCUGUCCUAGAAUUGAAUGUUCAGCCUCCCAAACAAACCGGAGGGAUGGCAACUCUAGGAUAUGAGUUGUCGUACACAUCUUUUGGUGGUUCAGGACACUGGUAUGGUCCGGUACGAUUCCCUGUGGACGCUUCGGAUGACCAGGGACGGCCACGUUUCCGUAUAAUCGGUUUAGUAGGUGGGACCGGAUAUCAGUUCAAGCUAGCUGCGCGGAGUAUUGUUGGAUCUGGGACUCCAUAUGCUUUUUCUAUACUUACUCUGGAAGCCACAAGGCCAGGGCCUGUUCAAGUGAGUACUGUGCAACGGCUUCCCCAUGCAAGGUGCGAUAGAACAUUCUCGAAACAGAAAUAUUUUGAUCUUGAGUGUUUGACUACUUAUAAGCAUCAUAGUGAUGUUGGGUGA